UUGAAUAAGCUAUUUGAUUUGUCGCCCAGGUUUUGGGAUCUACUGUCGAGAUGCCUUCAAAGUUCAAGAAGCAAUCAAAGACGCCCUCUAAACACUCAAAUUCUGACCCGUCUUUUCCACAGACACCGUCACUUACUUUUGUAGAUGCACAAGUUGAUGAAGAAGAUCUUAGGGGCUCUCUUGAUGAAGUUUCGAGGCAAUAUCCUUCUCUUAUUGGAAAAUCGGCUUUCAUUGGCAGAGUUAAUCAUGUUGACUCUGAAACUAGAAGCUGUAAAAUCUGGCUCUCAGAAUCUUCUAUGGUUGCUUCUUAUCUCAGCCCUGGUUCAUUAGUAUCGGUCUCACUUGCUGUUUUAAAAAAUAAACAUUCAAAUUGUUUUCCUCUAAGUUCAGUAACAGAUGAAUAUGCUCUACCUUUUGGUGUUGGUUCAGCCGAUGAAACUGUAAAAGAAGUUGGAAACUACUUUGCACUUGCUACAGUUUUUCCCUCUUGUAAGGUUUUGAAGAAUGGAGUGAGAUUGUCUUCAAGCCUUUCAUAUGCACUGGGUUCUCCCGCUUCUGGCAGCAUUGUGUUUGUUUACACAAUACAAAGUGAAUUUCAAACUGGUCUUAUAAAUGGGAGCGAAAGGGGACAUAACCUAAAUGCUAAUUGCCUCUCAUUGUAUAGCUGCCAGCAAUUGCAUCUAGAGCUAACUUCCAAGAAUACAGUAAAUACAAACUAUGAUUUACAAUCUAAAAUGGAAUUCUCGGCUGGAAAAACUCAUGAUCGAUUUGAGAAUGGAAUAGCAUCUUCGCCUAAGACGCCAUUGUAUCAGCCUAAGCUUAGUUCUCUUCAUUCAGCUCAGCUAGAUUCACCCUUUUGUGAAGGCUUUGCAUCAAAUAUCUCCAAACCAAAUGGUUUAUGUGCUGAUUCAUUUGAUGUUAAAGAGAUACUAAGGGAUAAAAGUUCUAAGAAACUCCUAGAGACAUGUGCUACUUCAUGGUUGUAUUCACGUAAUCUAUUUCGUGGAAAUAUUGUGGCAAUUCCAAUACUUUCGGAGUUUUGCAUUUUCCGUGUGAUAGGUGCUGGUAUCAGUAAUCAGGAUUUGACGAAGGGAAAUCAUCAAAGUUUGGCCCCACAAACUCUUGAACCGAUGGUGCAUGUGAAUAGUGCUUUUGUUGUUGACCACAAUACUAAAGUAUACUUAUGUUCAUCAUCGGAUUUGUCUUAUGAAAAUCAAUUUGAAAGACCUUCGCCGUGUGUGCAACAUGACCUUGGAGAUGUGAAAACCAUUGUGGAGCAUGAUAUUCUAGAACUCGGUGGCUUGUCUAAAGAAUAUGAAAUAUUGAAUGAAGUCAUUUUCUCAUCGAUGAAUAAUGUUAUGUCAAGAUUUGGUUUGCGAACUAUAAAAGGAGUACUUCUUCAUGGUCCACCUGGAACGGGAAAGACUUCUUUGGCACGGCUAUGUGUCCGUGAUGCUGGUGUUAGCUUCUUCUGUGUUAAUGGACCUGAGAUUGUUAGUGAAUAUCAUGGAGAAAGUGAGCAAGAAUUGCUCAAAGUUUUUGAGUCAGCUAAACAGGCUGCACCUUCCGUGGUGUUCAUUGACGAGUUAGAUGCCAUAGCUCCUGCACGGAAAGAAGGAGGUGAACAUCUAUCCCAAAGAAUGGUUGCUACUUUGUUGCAUUUGAUGGAUGGGGUUAGUACAACUGAUGGAGUACUUGUCAUUGCCGCCACCAACAGGCUUGAUAGCAUUGAGCCUGCACUUAGACGACCUGGAAGAUUUGACAGGGAACUUGAGAUAGGCGUGCCAUCUCCAAAGCAACGACUAGAUAUACUGCACACUCUUCUCAGAAAAAUCGACCACAACAUUUCAGAUAUUCAAGUUCAGCAACUUGCCAUGGUUACACAUGGUUUUGUGGGUGCUGAUCUAGCUUCACUUUGUAAUGAGGCAGCCCUAGUUUGUCUUAGGCGUUACGUUAAAUUUAAAGAUUCUUCAUCUUGCAAAUUGCCUGAUUCUGCUGAGGCAGUCUUACAAACAACAGCUAGUAUCCAUAACGGCAUUGACAAUAUUUCUGAAGGGACGUCUUUGGUGAAAGAAAAUUGCCUGCUAAGAGUGGUGUUUGAAGAUUUUGAAAAGGCCAGGAUGAAAGUGAGACCGAGUGCCAUGCGUGAGAUCAUACUUGAAGUUCCAAAAGUUAAUUGGGAAGAUGUUGGUGGUCAAAGGGAGGUCAAAACUCAGUUGAUAGAAGUUGUUGAAUGGCCUCAAAAACACCAGGAUGCAUUUAAGAGGAUUGGCACGCAGCCUCCCACAGGGGUGUUGAUGUUUGGACCUCCUGGUUGUAGCAAAACCCUCGUGGCUCGUGCUGUGGCUUCAGAAGCUGGAUUAAACUUUCUAGCAGUGAAAGGUCCAGAACUUUUCAGCAAAUGGGUUGGUGAAUCUGAGAAGUCAGUAAGAUCUCUUUUUGCAAAGGCGAGGGCAAAUGCUCCAUCAAUCAUAUUUUUUGAUGAAAUUGAUAGCCUCGCCGUUGUUCGUGGGAAGGAUACUGAUGGGGUUUCAGUUUCAGAUAGGGUCAUGAGUCAACUUCUUGUUGAGUUGGAUGGCUUGCAUCAGAGAGUUGAUGUUAUGGUAAUUGCAGCCACUAAUAGACCAGACAAGAUUGACCCUGCACUUUUAAGACCAGGACGUUUUGAUCGACUGCUAUAUGUUGGACCGCCAAAUGAGAAUGACCGUGAAGAUAUAUUUCGUAUCCAUUUGCGCAAAACUCCUUGCAGCUGUGAUGUCAUCUUAAAAGAGCUUGCUUAUCUCACGGAGGGCUGUACUGGUGCUGAUAUAUCAUUGAUUUGCCGAGAGGCAGCUGUCAUAGCUCUUGAGGAGAGCCUUGAUGCUGAAGAAGUAACAAUGUGCCAUUUGAAAGCUGCAAUCAGACGAGCACGACCAUCGGAAAUUCAGUUGUAUCAAGAGCUAUCAACAAAAUUUGAAAGGCUUGUUUCUUCCAGCUCUGUAGAAAACAAAUUAGGAUCUCAACAGUGCUCAACUGGAUUGACCGGUUUCACCUUAUGGAAGGCCGUCUCAGUUAUCUGCAUAGGAGCCGUCAUAGGUAUCAAGUCCGCCCAGUUGCUGUGGAAACAAAAGAGUCAUUAUUUUUGAGUUAGUUUUGAUGGAGUGAAACACAAUUUUGACUUAUGCAAACACUGUGUCUAUUAAAUUAUAUUUAUC